AUGUCUAUUGCUAAGAAAAGGUUAGCACAAGAAAGGGCUGAGUGGAGAAAAGAUCACCCUGCCGGAUUCUCAGCAAAAUAUAGUCCCAUGAGUGAUGGCAAGGGUUUAGAUAUAAUGAAAUGGAUUUGUAAAAUACCAGGAAAAAAGGGAGGUUUAUGGGAAGGUGGUGAAUAUCCUUUAACUAUGGAAUUUACAGAAGACUAUCCUAGUAAACCCCCAAAAUGUAAAUUUACUACAGUCUUAUUUCAUCCGAAUAUUUAUCCGUCAGGUACUGUUUGUUUAUCCAUUCUCAAUGAAGAUGAAGAUUGGAAACCUUCCAUAACGAUAAAACAAAUACUUUUAGGAAUACAAGAUUUGUUGGAUAACCCUAACCCUAAUUCGCCUGCUCAGGCAGAGCCUUUCCUUUUAUAUCAACAAGACAGAGAUUCUUAUGAAAAGAAAGUUAAAAAACAAGCCUUAGAAUUUAGACCAAAGGAUUAA